AUGUCCACCGCCGACCAAGAUGAACAUCUCUGGACAGAGGACGAUGCCGUAGAGACGCAACCGCAACCAGACGGUACAACCAGACAUGUCCAGGACGAAAACUCCACUUCCGUCCGUAGGAGUUCCCGCCUGGCAACCCACAGCCCCUCCAACCGAAGCGCUUCUAACUGGCCGGUGGAGAAAAUCCUGGAAGCCCUAUUUCGACGUGGACUGCACCCUCCCCUCGGAGCCAGCCACAAAGAACUCUUCAGUUUCCUGAUCGAGAAGGUUCCCGAUCUGGAUACGGCCACAGCCGCAGAAGGUCCCGCAGCCACACCAUCCGCCCCCAGGAGAGCUACAGCAAAACGCAAAAACUGCGCCCGCGCCCCCGAGUUCCCUACCGCAGCCACCGCCCCCGCCAAAAGGGCAAGAACACAACAGCCGUCCAAUCCAAAUAAGCAAAACAAAGACCCAGUCCUGGCCACCUUGCACAACAUCCAAUCUUCCCUCUCCCAGAUGGACGUCCGGAUCCAAGCACUAGAAGCUCCCUCUUCUACCUCAGAUCCCCGCUCCGCUACCUACUUCCAAGGGAACAACAGACCCGACAUCUCCCCGUCCGCCGUCGAUGAUGUCAGCUACGCGCCACCUCCUACCGUCAUGGCACCGCGGAGGACGCUGGCAACUGCAGUCCCCGCGGCCCUGGCUGGGGUGCCCUUCAUUCCUCCAGCGGCUGCCAUUUCUCCCCAGCUGCGAGCUUUCAUCCUGGCAGGAGUUCCGAACCCUGUGUCCAGACGCCGCACCUUCCAGCCUGCCAUGCCCAACCUUCAACCAAACGGUGCUAGACUAAAUGCCUCCUUGCAAACAUACCUGGCUUCCGCCUCCCACUACAUGAGAUCAGGACUGACCAAAUCUACAUAAAAAAUGUACGAUUCGGCAUGGUAUUACUUCUCCUCCUUCUGCGCCGCAUUUUCAGUCGCCGUCUCGCCCAUCAAUAUAUCAAUCGUCUGCGCCUUCGUAGUUCUAGAAAAAUGCAGCCUUCCUCCAUCAAGACACUCGUAGCAGGAAUCCAAUUCCAUUUAAGAUGUAUGGAUCCCUCGGUUGGUAGCCUGCUCGGGAAUCCAUCCCUUCGUCUGCUCUUCAAUGGCUUGAUGAAAAGAAGCCCUGAAAGCAUAGACAAACGUCUCCCCC